AUGUCCUCGUCCUCGCAAACCGUUACAUUGGACACACGCAUUCGGCUUCCGAUUUCAAACACCUCCAUUCCCCAACUUGGCUUCGGUGUCUACAAGCUCCGUGGCGAUUCCUGCAUAAACGCUUGCCUCGAGGCUCUCGCCGCCGGCUACCGUCACAUCGACUCGGCGGAGCUGUACCGCAACAGUCACCUGGUGUGUGACGCCGUGGUCCGGUCUAACCUCAGACGUGAGGAUAUCUUCCUGACUACCAAGGUCGGGAGCCCCAAGGCUCGGCGCGGCAAAACUUCUACAAACGAGAACACCGUGAGUGCGGUUGGCGAUGGGGAGGACGCAGUCUACCGAAAUGCCAAAGAAGGCGUAGCUCAUAUUGCGGGCGACGACGAAGACAGUUAUGUUGACCUCCUCCUCAUCCAUGUUCCCGGUCCGUCCCGUGAGCACCGCCGGAAGCUCUGGGCUGCACUUGAACAGCUCCGCGCCGAGGGGAAGGCGAGAAGCAUCGGCGUGAGUAACUUCCGCGUGAAUCAUCUAGAGGAAAUGCGCGAGUACGCAACUGUCUGGCCUCCAAGCGUAAACCAGAUCGAACUUCACCCAUGGUGCCAGCAGCGCGACCUCGUUUCGUACUGCAACACCAAGGGCAUAGUUGUCCAGGCGUACAGCCCCCUCGCAACCGGUGCCCGUCUCGACGACGCAACGCUGGGAGCCAUCGCAAGCAAGCAUGGGAAGACACCGGCGCAAGUGCUGGUGCGCUAUGCGCUGCAAAAGAACUGGGUGCCGCUGCCCAAAAGUGCACAAGCGGGCCGGAUCCGUGAGAACGCCGAUGUGUACGAGUUUGUACUCGAAGAAGUGGAUAUGAUGGCGCUGGAUGCAUUGGACGAGGGUGCGAAGGGUGCGAGGUUCCCGGCGAAUGUGACUUGA